UAAAGCCGCAUAAACAAAAAUCAACCUGCAACCCAACGACAAAUCUGGAACUACAACCGCAACGAUGCGAUAAGUGUAUUUAUGUUGUGAGCUUUAUUUUAUUUUUUCAUAUCACAGUAUUAUAUUUACAUAGUAUAGUUUUAGUUAAAAAGAUCAUGCUGGAUGGGAAAGAAAAAAACUGCAGUAUGAAUGGAGAAAAAAUGGAUUUAUUCAAAAUAUUAUCGAUGAAGUUGAUAAUAUGAGCGAUUUCUGCGACUUAUACCCAGGAGUUUCCAAAAAUUGUCAAGCAGACCAAGUAAAUCUCUUUUUUGAACCUCUAGCAGCCUCAGAAAGAAGUGAAAACAUUUUGUAUGCUUCUAAUUCACUAGAUCUACGUAAGUCAUCUGAUAGAGGUCGGAAGCUUGUAGCUAAAAAAACCAUUGGGAAGGGGAGGAUUUUGAUAAAUGAGAUUCCAACAGUAUUACAAGUCACACCUCUUUGCAAAUGUGUUGGUGAAAGAUACUCUUUAUAUAGAUGCCACAACUGUGGAGCAGCUAUUAAACUCUUUUAUGUCUGUGAUGGUUGUAAUAUAUGCAUAUUUUGCACAAGAAGUUGCUUGUUUCAAGCAUACAAAAACUAUCAUAGGUAUGAAUGUUAUGGCCUCCAAAGGCAUUUUUGGUCAAUGGAUGACAUAGAUUAUAGUUAUGUUGCAUUAAGAAUGAUGCUCUAUGGUGCUUCCAAGAAGUUUGAUACUCAACCAGAGGAGGGCGGAAUGUAUGGGAAUUUUGAAAAUAAUUAUCCCUUUAUAUAUGCUCUUGAGACCAAUUUCAAGCAAUUGUUGUUACCAACUGUUAACAAAAUAUUAUACAGUACUGCUAGGAAUUUGGUUUACUUGAUAAGAAAAACCAAUUUUUUCCAUCAUUUGAAUGAAGACAAAAGCUGCAAUGUAAAAGAUUUACAUCUAUAUGUUGGAGGGCUUAUGGUAAAACAUUACUGCCAGGCACAAAAUAAUAAUGUUCUUUUGAAAUACCCAAAUUUGACAUUAGAUUUUGCACUGAAUGUUGCUGGUGGUACUGGAAAGGCUAUAUGUCCAACCAUUGCUUUGCUGAAUCAUUCCUGCUCACCAAAUGCUGCUAUUAUUAUAUAUUCUGACUUUGUGGUUGUGAAAAGUAUUAGGGUCAUAAGGAAAGGUGAAGAGAUUACAAUAUGUUACAGAGAAGUAGAUGCUUUAUUAGGAGUUGAUGAAAGACAUAUCAUUACUGAAGAAAUAUUCCAUUUCACUUGUUCCUGUUCAUUUUGUAUGUAUGAAAAACACUUGGCGAUUGCACCCUACAAAUGUCCACAAUGCGCGGUAGGGAAUGCUCAACAAGUGGAAUCAAAGGAGGGCAAAACAGUUGGGUAUUGUUUUAAAUGCCUACGUAGUUUUCCCUUAGAUGAUAUUGCUGAAACCUUUAAAAUAGCGACGAUAUGCAGGAACGUUUAUAAUGUCACUUAUUCUAUAGAACACUUGGCAAGAAUAGCUGAAUGCUACAAAGUAAUAUUCCAUGAAAAUUCGUUGCCUUUACUUGAUGUCUACAGAUUAUUGUACGAAAAACACUAUCAUUGGGGAGAGAAACCAGUAGAGGUAGUGAAAUACGGCCUACUUCUCUUCCGUAUACUAGAAUAUAACAUCUCAAGAUUGUACCUGCCUAUUUUGAUGGCCAAGGUCAAGUUUUUCAGUCAUGUUAUUGGAAUGAAGAAGUUUACUGAAAUCAAAGACUUGAAUGAUGAAGAAAUUGAUAUAAUCAAAACGUUUGUUGGAGAGGUGGUGAAUGUCAAAAGAGACCUGCGCUUCUAUCUGCCAGCUGAUAAAUGCCACUUUUAUCCACCUAUCCAACUAAAGGUCCACACUAUGUUCCAGAGGGUAAUGUUCAAAGAAAAUGAUUAUCAAGCACAAGCAUAAGGUAACGUCCCAGACGUACUAUUUUAUAUUUUUUGAUGUUUUUUAAAAAAAUCUCCUAGUUCCUUUACGUUUUAAAUGUUAAAUGUGUUCAGUUUCAAAUAAAAUUUUCAACUGUG